CUCUGCUGUCCUACCAAUGCCCCUCCUGAACCACGUGCCUUUCCCAGCAAGCAAUCUCCAUUGGCAACCGGAAGUGCUGCUCUUGUUUUCCAGGCCGCCGGUCGUUAGCGAUCGCGUAACGUGACAGCCGGGGAAGUGGGGAAAGAAGAGCUGGCACUAGCUGCCCGCCUGCUUCUUCGGGGCCGUUCGCUGUUUGGAGCAGAGAGGUUUAACUACGCACAGCAGUAGAGGGAACAGGAACCAUUCACAUGCAAAACCGGUACGACGAGCAGACGGUGAAGGAGAAUGGAUAUGGAAUGGAGACUGAUUAUAAUUCCAUGGAUGUAUCCAGUAACAGUGAGACUGAAGAUGAUUCUGAAUUCAAGGAUUUUGAAGGAACAGAUGUGAAGGACAUGAGAAUAGAAGCAGAAGCUGUUGUGAAUGAUGUUUUGUUUGCUGUGAGCAACAUGUUUGUCUCUAAAAGCCUCCCGUGUGCUGAAGAUGUGGCAUACAUCAAUGUGGAAACUAGGGAAAGGAACAGAUAUUGCCUAGAGCUAACAGAAGCAGGACUCAGGGUGGUUGGUUAUGCUUUUGACCAGAUGGAUGACAGUUUACAGAACCCUUACCAUGAGACUGUCUAUUCUUUGUUGGACUCACUUAGCCCAGCAUAUCGAGAAGCUUUUGGAAAUGCAUUAUUACAAAGACUAGAAGCUUUGAAAAGCGAUGGGCAGUCCUGAUUGAAUCUACAACCAAGAGAGUUCCACAAAAUGUUGUCACUGAGAAUUUUGAAUAGGUUGUACUGCGACCUGAUGGCAAAGGAAUAGUUUAACUUGAAUUCCUUGCUUUCAAAAUUAGUUGCUCCACUAGUUGUAAUGGCACUAUCUGUAACCUCCUUAACUGAUACCGUUCUCAGUAAAUAACUCAGUUUGUUCUCAACAUUUCAAACAAAGUUGUAGUUCUUGGUUAAUUUUCUUUCAAGUGAUUGGGUAAUGUUUCAGUUUUGAUCUGUAUUAACUCAGUUCUUAAUUUUAGUAAUACUGCAGUUGGCAUUAAACACUUGUCACAAGUUAACGUUUGUUCAGAAUUUGCACAAUAGUGUUUUUCAAGGCUAACUAGUUUUAUGAAGAACAGAAAAUUGCAUUGCCAAGCUUAGUAAAAUAGAUUUUGUUCAUUUACGAGUUUUAUGUAGCUCAAUUUGUUGUGCAUUCUCUAACUCACUAGAAAAUCAUAAUGAAUACUUUAAAUCGUAUCAUGAGAUACACUCACAAACAUAUUAAGCCCGAUACUGAUGAGCAGUAAAAAGCAGUGUUUAUUGUAUGGGUUGCAAGCUUUGAAUACUGAACAGAAGAUGAAUUGUUGGCAUAAUGAAUGUAUUCAUCAAUUGAAAUACAAAUGGUAUAAGCACAAAGAUAAGGAACUAAAAAGGUGCAUUCUUCAUAAAGCCCCAUAUUUCUUACAGUUUUUGCUAAAAUUGUAUUCAUAUUCUGUAAAGGGUUAUUUACAGUUUAAAUGUUUGCAUAAUGUAAAGUAUAUUGGAAAGUAUUUUUCAGUCCUUAUUUAAUAUAUCCCAGUUACUAAAUAUUUCUAUAUUACCUUUAAGCAUUUUAACCACCGUUUUAAACUAAUGUACAACAUAAUAUUAAUUCAAAACCAAAGAUUCAAGUUGGACUUGAAUUGAGAGAAAAUUAGAUGUCUAAAUAUGAAACUUGCUAAUUUCCAGUGCUGCUGUAAUUUUUUGUUUUUAUUUUUUACUGCUUGCAAAAAAGGACCUGUUUUUAAAUUAAAGUCUAUGUAUAGCAGUCAGAGUAGCACUGUGUGAUGAUACAUUUUGCUACGUAAUGGUAAUAUUCCUAAUUCUCAGAUGAACUUUAAAAAAGCUUCAUAGUUUGAAAGACUUAAAUAUGUCUUGCACCUUUGAAUCUAUUUGCGUGAUAGUGUUUUAACUUAGCUGAGAAUUUAAUCCAGCAAUUUACGUUUUUAACCAUUGUAAUGCUGUAUAUCAUUUUGUACAUUUAUUUUAAAAGAACAUGAAGUGCACAAACAGAAUUGAGUGGAUGUAUGCUCACAUUUAGAUCUACAGGAGGAAAUAUUCUUCACCCAACUGACCUUCAUAUUUCUUUGUGAAUAAUGUGGCCAUGUUUAUUUUAGAGGUUAUACGUUUAAAUAAAGGCACAUAAACAAUCUGCACAA